AGAUAUCUAUCCCAAAUUCCUAGUAAAUGAAUCCCAAUUCAUCGCAAAUUUGCGACAACACAGACAUGUUGCAAAAGCUUAAAUUUGCAACAGUCCGUAGUGACGGAUUGGUCUCCCACCAAUUCCAGGAUGAAUUUGCUAGGGAUUAUGUGACACGUGUGAACAAAUGAAUUGACAAUGUGAACAAAUGAUUUGAAGUGGUAGUCUAUAAAUAGAACCCUGGAACAAUCAAGCAGAUUCAAACACUAUGCAGAUUCUGUCGUUGUCGUCCCCUAUUCUACUUCCAAAGUGUUCGAAAGCAUCUCCAACCCGCCGGCCGCCGUCACCGGAAUGUUUCACGAGUGUAUGGCCAAACAGGAGCAAAGGCAUUUCGCCGAGAUACAAGGCUCGUCUGACCCCAAUAUCAAGAGCAACCACAGAUAGAGUUGACCUAGCUGUUGCGGAAGAUGCUCAAAAAGAAGAUCUUGCAGGAGAAGCCCUUCAAGUGGCGGGAACUUUGGAAGAUUUAAGAGAAUACAUCAAGAAAUUCUUGAGUUCCAUAGAUGACGGACGUAUAAACGUGUCGCCGUACGAUACAGCAUGGGUUGCCCUUAUUAGAGAUAUUCAUGGAGAAGAUAGUCCCCAGUUUCCGGCCAGCCUUGAGUGGGUGGCGCAAAAUCAGCUGCAGGAUGGUUCAUGGGGCGAAGAACAUGUUUUCUCGGCCUACGAUCGCCUUCUCAAUACUCUGGCAUGUGUAGUUGCGCUCAGAACAUGGAAUGUUCAUCCUCACAAGAGUGAGAAAGGAAUAGCAAAUAUUAAAGAGAACAUACAUCAACUUGAGCAUGCAAACGCUGAGCACAUGACCUGCGGAUUUGAGAUCGUGUUUCCGGCCCUCCUGCAAAGAGCCCGAGACAUGGGCAUUCAUGAUCUUCCCUAUGAUGCUCCUGCUCUGCAAGACAUUUAUGCUGCAAGAAAUCAUAAACUGGCUAGGAUCCCAAAGGAGCUGAUGCACAAAGUACAUACAUCAUUACUAUUUAGCUUGGAAGGUCUGGAAGAUUUGGAGUGGCAAAAGCUUCUCAAGUUGCUGGAACACGAUGGUUCAUUUCUUUUCUCUCCAUCAUCAACUGCCUUUGCAUUCAUGGAGACUAAAGAUGAGAAUUGCCUCAAAUAUAUCGACUGCACAGUACAAAAAUUUAAUGGAGGAGCACCCGACGUGUACCCUAUCGACAUUUAUGCACGACUUUGGGCAGUAGACAGACUGACUCGACUAGGAAUUUCCCACUUGUUUGAAUCUGAGAUCAAGGAUUGCAUGGAAUAUGUCCACAGCUUUUGGGGUGAAAAGGGACUUUUCUGUGGACGGAAGUCGGAAUUUUGUGAUCUCGACGACACCGCUAUGGGAUUCAUGCUUCUAAGAUUGCAUGGAUUUAAUGUUAGACCAGAUGUACUGAAAAAAUUCAAGCAGGAUGAUGGAUUCAGUUGCUUUUAUGGCGAAACAUUUGAGUCGUUGUCUACUAUAUUUAACCUCUAUCGGUCGUCUCAGGUCCUAUUCCCCGGAGAGAAAAUUCUUGAAGAAGCCAAUGCCUUUUGCAAAAAAUUCAUACAUGAAAAAAUUACCAGCAAUCAACUUCUUGAUAAAUGGCUUAUAUCCCCACAUUUUGCCGAUGAGGUAAAGAACGGAUGGGAAAUACCAUGGUACGCCAGCCUACCCCGUGUCAUAGCUCGCUUAUUUAUAGAGACUUAUUGUGGUUCUGACUAUAUAUGGGUUGCCAAGACUUUAUACAGAAUGCCAGAUAUCGACAACGACGCCUACCUUGAGCUUGCAAAAUUAGACUUCAACAGAUGCCAGUCUCUACAUCAAACCGAGUGGAAUCAUAUGCAAGAAUGGUAUGAAAACUCAAAUCUUCAAGAACUUGGAAUAAGCCAAAAAGACGUGCUUGCUGCUUUCUUUUUGGCAGCUGCAAGCGCAUUUGAACCAGAGAGAUCAAAAGAGAGAAGUGGAUGGGCUAAAUCUCGCAUUAUCUCCAAGAUUAUUACAUCAUAUUUCAAUCGUGAAACCACUUCGCCAGAAGAGAAAGCUGCAUUUUUAGCAGAGUUCAGAGACAGCAGCAUCAGUGCCCAGCCCAAAACAAACAGUGUUGGAGGACGUAUCAUUGACAUCCUGCGACAAACUCUCCAACAACUCCAAGAGGGCAUCGACACUCUCUGCGACGAACUAGAAAACGCUUGGGAUGUGUGGCUGAUGAAACUCCAAGAAGACGACGACGCCAAUUGCCUGGAAGACGCAGCUCUCCUUGUAACAACGUUGAACAUUUGUGGUGGUCGCGUUGGUGAAGCUAAGGAGAUACUGUCCGACCAACACUACAUCACUCUCUCCAACCUUAUCAACAACAUCUCUUCCCAGCUUUCUCAGCAUAAAUCUAGAAAGACAUCGGCACAGAAACUCUGCAUCGAUGCAGAAAAUGGCAGCAUCAAAUACAUGGAGAUAGAAAAAGAGAUGCAGAAACUGGUGCAGCUGGUCUAUGAAGAACCGACUGGCAUCAACCAGGGCAUCAAGCAAACGUUUUUAUUAGUUGCAAAAGCACUCUACUAUGAUGCCUAUUUUCCUGCACAAACUGUUGACAGUCAUAUGUCUAAGGUGCUUUUUGGGCCCGUGCCCUGAUUCUUACCAUUAUGUCCCAAAAACUCUUUUAACUUGUUCUUUCCAGUUGUUAAUUCUUGUCUGUGCUAAUAAAUGGUGCGAUUUUUGCAUGUAUGAAAAAUUCGAUUAAAACCAAGGGUUGGGAUUAUUUUUGCUCUG